AUGAACUUGGUGUUUUUGGGAGCUGACGCCUGCAAGGCCGUUCCAGAAGAUAUCGACGCGCCUCGAAAAAUAUUCGAAACGUCAACAUCGCGACCCGCAAUAGAGACCGAAGAUGUCCGCGUGAAAUCCCCGUGGGACGCAUCCCCGGAUCCUGGUGAUAUGCUCUGGCGGAUGUACAAGGAUAUUGUUGGCAAAUUUGAUGACACUGAGAGUGAAAUUCAACGGUCUGGCCAGCUUGAAAAACCGGAAGUCUACUUUGAUGACGACGACGAGAUUCCAGACGAAGAACAAGACGAACCUAAGCUGUCAAAAAAAAAGCGCAAAGAAUUGAGCAAACUGUCCGUCGCCGAACUAAAGUCAAUGGUCAAAAGACCAGAGAUAGUCGAUUGGACGGAUACCUCAGCUUCUGAUCCUCGCCUUCUCGUCCACAUCAAAGCCCAUAGAAAUGUGGUCCCUGUUCCUCCGCAUUGGUCGUUGAAGAGAGAGUAUCUGUCAUCCAAACGCGGGGUCGAAAAGCCCCCUUUUGCAUUGCCCAGGUUUAUUCAGGAGACCGGAAUCUCGGAAAUGAGAGAUGCUGCUCUGGAAAAACAGGAUCAAGCGAGCUUGAAACAGAAGCAACGAGAAAGGGUACAACCCAAAAUGGGGCGGUUGGAUAUUGACUAUCAAAAACUUUACGAGGCUUUUUUCAGAUUCCAAACCAAACCUGAAUUGACCCGGUAUGGGGAAGUAUAUUAUGAGGGUAAAGAAUACGAAACGAACCUCAAACACUUGCGCCCUGGUGAUCUCAGCCCUGAGUUGAAAGAAGCCUUGAACAUGCCGCCGGGUGCUCCUCCGCCGUGGUUAAUCAACCAACAGCGAUAUGGGCCACCUCCGUCAUACCCUGCGCUUAGAAUACCUGGUCUUAAUGCCCCGCCGCCUCCAGGUGCCAUGUGGGGUUACCAUCCCGGUGGCUAUGGAAAGCCACCAGUGGACGAACACAAUCGGCCUCUUUAUGGUGGCGACAUAUUUGGUGUGCUACAGCCACAACAGGCGGCUCAGCAAGGGGAACCCGUUGAGAGAGAUUUUUGGGGCGAGCUACAGGCGCCGGAGCCUUCAGAAGACGAUAGCGAGGAGAGUGAUGACGAAAGUGAAGAGGAAGACAUAGACACAGAAACUGGGUCGCAAACACCCAGCGGGCUGGAAACCCCAAGCGGCAUAGCCUCAAUGACUCAGUCCGAAUUUGUUGGGGCCGAUACCAUCCCUGGCGAGUUUGAUGUUCGAAAGACUUACCGAGGCACCGAAACUGAGGAAUCCGCGAACCGUCGAAGUGCUUUUCAGGUCAUUCCUGAGAGGCAAACUCAAGUACAGGGAUUCUUCGGGGCUGACAGAGUAUAUGAUCUCAAGGCCCCACCAGAAGGUCUACCUGUGCUUGGCGCUGACGACCAAAAUCGCAAGCGCAAAAAGCCUGGUGAUAUAGAUGUAUCUGUUGACCCAGAUGCAUUGCAAACGAGCGAUGGAAUCAGUAAAGAGCGUAUUCAGAAUCUUUACGAAUCGCAUAGAACCCAUGAGACGCCCCAGAAUUGGGACUUUCAGGAAGAUCUAAGCGACAUGAUUGCCCACGAGAGUCGGAAGAGAUUGAAGAAGGAGGAAGAAAGACGCAAUCACUGA